AUCAGACCCUUUUUUUGUCUCUCGAUUGCUGUCUCCCGACCUAACUCCGAUGUGUUCCGUUAUCAGCGACCUAAAGCCUGCCAUUCCAGCACCUGUCUUGCUAGGGAUCGGUGGAUAGUAUACGAUUCAGAAAGCAGACAAGGACAUAGGAGGCGAGAGAGCACUAGAGAGACAGCCAGGGAUAGGCACAGAGAGCUUUGAAGUAAUUGGAUUCAAUGGACGAAAUGCUGCUGUUGACAAGAAUUCUCUUGGUGGGCUUCAUCUGCGCUCUUUUAGUCUCCUCUGGGCUGACUUGUGGACCAGGCAGGGGCAUUGGAAAAAGGAGACACCCCAAAAAGCUGACCCCUUUAGCCUAUAAGCAGUUUAUUCCCAAUGUGGCAGAGAAGACCCUAGGGGCCAGUGGAAGAUAUGAAGGGAAGAUCACAAGAAACUCCGAGAGAUUUAAAGAACUAACCCCAAAUUACAACCCUGACAUUAUUUUUAAGGAUGAAGAGAACACGGGAGCUGACAGACUGAUGACUCAGCGCUGCAAGGACAAGCUGAACGCCCUGGCGAUCUCGGUGAUGAACCAGUGGCCCGGGGUGAAACUGCGGGUGACCGAGGGCUGGGACGAGGACGGCCACCACUCCGAGGAGUCCCUGCACUACGAGGGCCGUGCCGUGGACAUCACCACCUCGGACCGGGACCGCAGCAAGUACGGCAUGCUGGCCCGCCUGGCCGUCGAGGCCGGCUUCGACUGGGUCUACUACGAGUCCAAGGCGCACAUCCACUGCUCUGUCAAAGCAGAAAACUCAGUGGCUGCCAAAUCAGGGGGUUGUUUCCCCGGCUCGGCCACGGUGCACCUGGAGCAAGGAGGCACCAAGCUGGUGAAGGACCUGAGCCCCGGGGACCGGGUGCUGGUGGCUGACGCGGAGGGCCGGCUGCUCUACAGUGACUUCCUCGCUUUCCUCGACCGGGAGGACGGUUCCCAGAAGCUCUUCUAUGUCAUCGAGACCCGGCAGCCCCGGGCCCGGCUGUUGCUGACGGCCGCCCACCUCCUCUUCGUGGCCCCCCAACACAACCAGUCGCAGGAGGGGACCCUCAGCAGCCGGGCACUCUUCGCCAGCCGCGUUCGGCCGGGCCAACGAGUCUACGUGUUGGGCGAGGGCGGGCGGCAGCUCCUGCCAGCAGCCGUGCACAGCGUCGCGCUGCGGGAGGAGGCCUCGGGGGCUUACGCCCCGCUCACCGCCCAGGGCACCAUCCUCAUCAACCGGGUGCUGGCCUCCUGCUACGCGGUCAUCGAGGAGCACAGCUGGGCACACUGGGCCUUCGCUCCCUUCCGCCUGCUCCAGGGGAUGCUGGCCACCCUCUGCCCCUCCGCCGGGGGGGCCCUGGUGGAUGCCCCCCCUGCCCCCGGCAUCCACUGGUACUCUCGCCUCCUCUACCACAUCGGCAGCUGGGUGCUGGAUAGUGACUCUCUGCACCCGCUGGGCAUGGUGGUGCCGUCCAGCUGAGAGCAUCCCCAGCCAUCCUGGCCACCCGCUGGCCUCCGAGGGAGAGACAGACACAGAGAGAGAGAGAGAGAGACAGAGAGAGAGAGAGGAAGGAUAACAG